UGGGGUGGGGUGGAACCACAGUGUGAAGUCGCGAGUCGAGCGAGGCAUUGAAUGGUGCGGUUGAAUUUUGCUCUGAGAUAGAGUUAUAACGUUUUUUUUUUUUCUGUUAUUAAUCCUGACUUAUCAUUGAGAAAUUUUCGUCGCGAAAAUUGUUUGAUUGCAUUUGUUAAAAGUCAGUAAUUGACGUGUGACAUGCUACCGCGAAAAUAGUGCCAACCCGGCAAAAGAAAUGUCGUGUCCCGUGAAUGGCUUUUCCUUGGAAAACAAUUGGAGAUCGAAAGAAGGCGAACAACGAGGUACCUAGGCCAAGAAGAAGAAUAAGAAGAAAUAAUAGAGCCGGCCUCAACGAGAAAUGGGCAAAAAGGGUGCAAAACGAAAAACACGCUGGAGAACCCUCAGUAUUGGCACUCCACCGGGUGAGGAAGACGAGGAAGAUGGAUUAAAAAAUGGAUAUUUAAAGGGACAAGAAAAUGGUACAAAUUCACGGCCCUUUGAUAGAAAUGGACAAACGAGUUAUAGACCAAGAAAAACGGGAAGCGGGACCACCACAACGAGCGGAUAUACAAGCGCCAGUUCAAAAUCGAGAAGAGAUGAUUCCACUGGUUCGCCGUCACUGCCAAAGAUCAUUUUCAAUGAAGAAGAAUAUACGCGAAUCACAACGCCACGACAGGAUGUUCUAUUUAAAAAAGGUUAUCUUUCACAGAAAAAACCAUGGACAAGCAGAGCUAGCACCAGUGCAACACCAUCGACAACUGAGAGUCAAUCAGCAUCUCAUUCCACCGCAGGUAGAGGUAUAGAUGGGAGUGAGACGACUGAGGAUCAACAGCUGCUGGACAGCGGAGCAGGAGAGUACUCAUCAAUGAUUGAACCUGCGGCACAGUUAGGAUAUGGCACAUUUUACGAUCAUGCCAGUGGUUAUUAUUAUGAAUAUCCAGUGAUGCUGGUGGGACCACCAAUGCCCGAACAAAUGGAGCCAAAUUGUUUAGCAGCAAUGUCUUGUGGUCCGGUACCACUCAGACCUAUCGAGUGGGUUAAUCCCGCUUUUGUUCCGAAAAUUGAUAGCCAACAAUUUUGUUACACUGACUAUCAGUCAGCGCAGAGUGUUGAUUGCGCAGCAAUGGUAGACGCACAAGGAAUGAUGGUGACUACUACUGAGAAUUCGAAUAUGAACGGUAACGAAAGUUACGCUGGAAGUGCAAGUUGCAGCGGAAGUAUCGCCGGUGAAGAUACAUUGGAACAAACUGAGGAAAAUACUGAAGAGCUUCCAGUUAAUGAAGUUCAGGAUGGCUACAAUGGUGGACCGUACAUUGAGCCAACACUUGUCCCACCAAUGCACAUAACACCCGUCGUGCAACCUUUACCACAGCCCUACAUGUAUCCUGGUCAUUAUAUGUUUGGACCAUCGCUCGUUAACGUUAAUGGUGUCACCAUCCAAAGCGGGCCAAUGGUCAGGUACAACGAUGUCAUGGCACCAACUACACCAAUGACAUGCGCCAAAUGGAGAAGAAAGAAAAGGAAGAGAAAGCAGAAGCGACCUCCUGUUCCUGGAAAUACGGAGGACGAAGAGGAAGAGGAAUACAGUUCGGAAUGGGAGAAUGGUUCAACUCGUCAGCCUUGGACGGAGAGUUCAUCAACAAUAACAACAACGGCAACAACAACAACACUAACUACGACAACAAGGCCCCUAAAUCCUGAAUGCCAAGAAUUUCAACUUCGAUCCACUGUCGAUAGUCAAUCGAUAAAAAUUGAAUCAACACCUCACGAGAACAACUCUCACAUGGAAACAAAUUCAAAUCUGCCUUCCUUGGAAAUUUCCACACUUCAGAUGAAUUUCAAUUCUUCCGAAGAAGAAAAAGCAACUGUUUCCAUGACAAACAUGCUCAACGACUGUUCCAUUAAUGGGGACAAUUCAAAAAGACUGAUGACCGAAUCCUCGUCAGGAUUCCCGCAAGAACCUUCCGCAAACGAGACUGAUGAUGGAGGCACAAUUCGAGGUGAUUCAAAUAAUAAAGACGAGUCCAAUUUCCACGAUUCCUCCAAUUCAUCAUCAAAUCACAUAAUAUCAAAUCAGCACAAUCAUUCAUCAUCGAAUCAUCAAAAUUCCAAUUUAGCCAAAAUUCAAAAUUCGUCCAACAGUCAAAAAUCAUCAUCAUCAUCAUCCAAGUUGGCCAACGUUCAAAAAUCGCCAACCAGUAAAAAAUCGUCAAAUGGCAAAAAAUCAAAUAAAUCCGCGACUAUUCAAAAAUCUUCCCCGUCAAAUGUUCAAAAUUCAACAAAUAAUAUUCAAAAUACUGCAAAUAUUCAAAAUUCAUCAAACAUUCAAAAUCCAUUAAAUGAUCAAAAAUUGUCAAAUGAUGAAAAUUCAUUAAACAUUUAUAAUUCAUCAAAUGUUCGUAAAUCAUCCCUCGAUAAUCUCAAUCAUGAUGAACGCGAACAAUUAUCGAGAGAGAUUCUCAAUCUAAAAAUACGAAUAAACGGUAUUAGAACAACAAAAUCAAUUGUUGAAACUAAUUCCCAAGAUGAGAAACCAUGUUCACGACCUGCUAGUCCAGAAAUAAAUCGCACGAUAACUCCAAUAAAUGGAGAGACGCAACGUCUUCCUGAAAGUUACGAGUCCCUAGUCACAAGGCCUGUUGUUCCUCCAAGAAGAAAAUACAGUUCAAAAAAUACAAAAUUCGUACGUGAACCAACGCCUGGACCUGAUCUCACCGACGAAAUAAAUUCCGAAUUGGAAACAAUUGAGAAAAAAAUCGAGGAAAAUGGUUCUUGCGAGCGUCUUGAUAAUUCUCUAAUUGAAACAACAAAAUUAGAUGAAAAAUUCAAUGAACGAAUAAAAAUCAAAGAAGAAGAGGAAGACGAAGAAAAACUCAAACAAGAAGGUAAAGUGAAUCGUCCAAUAACAGAAGCAGUAACCGAAUGGCUUCGUAAAGCAGACUCGACGGAUUUAUUUGUCACAACGGGUCUUGAAUCCGAGACUGAUAGUAAUGAUGAUAAUGAUGACGAUGAAGAAGAGGAUGAUGAAAAUUUAACGAGAAAGCCGCCAAAAAACUUGCAGGGCAACCCCAUACCUGCACUAUCUUCUAAAGGCUGUGUCAAUAAAGAAUUAUUGAUGCAUUUGGCCAAUUGCGGCGAUUUCGCAAGAACUAACAAAAGAAUAAGAGAGCAAAUCAAAUGUAUGACGAAUAAUACGUCAUCACAUUCACGGAGAAAGCAAAAUUCAAAAAAUAAAAAACAAAAAUUUGCUAAUACAACAGCCGAUUACAAUGGUAACAUCAAAUUGUGUGACUCUGUGAAGGAUAAUUCAAUGUUUGUUGGUGAUUGCGAUUUUAGCAAUAAGGAGGAUAGCGUUGUGGGUAUGAGGGUUGCCUUAAACUCUCGGAUAAAUGAGAAAGAAUUGAUGAAGAUUCAAGAGAAUCGUAAUGAGGAUUCAACAAUUGUCAAAACAUUCGAAAAAGGCGAAAUUGUUGUAUCAAUUGAUGGUAAACUUUUGCCGGACACAAAAUUAUUUCACUAUGAAUCGAAAUUAAUUGAGAAUUAUGAGCAGACAGAGCGGUUUGAAAAAGACAAGACGACGAUGAGUAAUCUAAUAAAUAGUGAAAAAAAGUCAAAUGAAGAAAUUGAGAGAGAGACAUCAAUUGGAAGUAUCGAGGAGCCAGAUGUACUUGACUGUUGGGAGGCUGAGAUUGUUGAACCAAUUAUUUUAAAAAAUCAAAAACACGCGAGUAAUUCUAAUGAAAAUGUUGCAAUUGAAGAUAAUGAUAAUGAGCACGUGAAACAUUAUUACAGACUUGUAAGGGGUAGUGUCACUACAAGUGACACAAGUGACGUCAUCAAUGAUGAGAAAACAAACUCAGGAACCGUGCCAAACAGUCCCGCGAGUCUCCAAAGCGAGGAGAUUCCGGCUUUCAUGUCGACAAAAAAAGAAAAAAAAAUGCCAAUUGAUGAGGCUUUUGAAGUUUAUGAAAGUUGCUAUAAUGGACAGAAUCAAUAUAUCACUCUUGAUUCAAGAUUCACGAGACAGUCGAAAAUUGGUCACGAGGACGGUCCCAUCCCUUGUAAAGCGGUCUGUUGCAAUAUACAGUAAACUACUCUCUAUUUGUAAACUCGUAUCGGCAGGGACGAUAUUCUUAUUUAGGAUUAGUUCAGACCAGUGUCAUUUUGAAAAAGAAAAAAAAAAAUUCUCUCAUCGAACUCAUCAACUAACGACAAGAAAGUACAACGUUUUAUCUAUAUAAUAACAAAGCAAUGAAAGUCAAUUAACAAUUUUUCAAAAAUCAACAACAAAUUUCAUAAGACUAAUUAUUAUUUAUUAUUUCAAUCUUAAUUUUCGUUUAAUUUAAAAAAAUCUUGAUUACAAUUUUUAAAAAUUUACUGAUAUUUCCAAAUUUUUGAAUUUUACCUUUCUCGUUUUUUUAGUUUAUCUUAAUGAAAUAAUUAAUUUUGAAAUAACUAAAAAUUAAUGUUUGCUAACACGUAAUAAUUAAAUAUUUUCAGUUUAAAAAAUUUUUACGAUAAAUUUUACUAAUUUGUUUUUUAAUUUACUAUAUUAUUAUAUAUAAUAAUUAAUAUAUAAUAUAAUAUUAGUGAUUCAUAAUAUAAGUAUAAAAUUUUAAUAAGAAUUUUACUCAUUUCUUCAAGUAUUUUAUAUACCUAUAUAUAUUUAUAUAUAUAUAUAUCAUAAUUCAAAAUGACACUGGUCUUCCUUCAUUAUCUCUAUUUCUUCAAAGAUCAAUAUUUUUCAGAAACAAUUCAAAUAACUUUUUAUAAAACAAAAAUUCGAAAUAUUUUAUAAAUAAUUUUAUUUUGAAUUUUGAUACUUAUUUCUCUCAUUUUUUUUUUAAAUAAUUUUUUUGUUCUCUGAAAAAAAUUGAUCUCAUUGAGUGCGGCAAUAACAGAAAUUCCUAAAUUUGAUAAAAAAAAAAUACCACAUUCUGUUGAUUUCAAUAUCGAAAACAAAAAAAAAGCUCGUGGAAAGCUAAUAAUUUUUCUUGAUAAAAAAACAAUAUGGAAUUCAAUUUUUAUUGAAUAUUAUUAUAUAGAAACGAUUUUAAGAUGAGAAUUGAGUCGUGGAAACUUGGAAUCGCAAUGGAAGGAUCUUCGCCUUGCAAUUUUUUGUGUUUUGUAAAUAGCUUUUUAAUCGCAAUUGUAAUAACGUUGUGAAUCUUAAGAAAAGCUCAUGUGUCCUACAAUUAGGUGUAAAUUAGCCUUGCACUUGCAGUUCACUAGACUGUAUUUACGCAGAGCAUUGUUCAUAAUUUUUUUUUUUUUUUAUAUAUAUUGGGAAUGGACUCGUGUUGUCAUUGUUAUCUUGCCUGCAUGUAAGCUUUAUCAUUCAACGAUAACACUUUUUUUGUGUCAUGCAGCAAGUUUUACAAAAAAAAAAAAAAGAAAAGAAAGAAAUUUCGUUUUAUAAUGAAAAAUUUUCGCCUAUCUACUUAAAAAUAUGUAAAAUAGUUUCACGCCAAAUGUUUAAAAAAAUGUUUUUCUCUUUUUAGUUUUUUUUUUUUAUUAAAAUGUUAUUUAAAUGAUUCAAACUAUUCGAUGUUAAUUUGAUAAUUUUUACAAUUAUAUUUCUAAUUUGAUAUAUUAAAAUUAUCAUUUUGAGUUUAUUUGAAUCAUUAAAUUUAAGUUUAAUUAAUUAAUUGGUCGUGAGACAAGAGGCUAAUUACUAUUGAAAAUAAAGAAAUAAAAAAAAUAGUUUUUGAGAAACGAUAAUUUGUUAAAUAGGGGAGAAAAAAAAACAAGUUAACGACGCGUUGUUAUUGUUAUUGUUCUUAUUAUUCUAUAGAUGUUAAUCUUGAACAGGGCAGUCCUAAUGUCUCAAUGUUAGAGAAUAUGUUUUACAAACUCAAUUAAGUACAUAAAAAAAAAAAAAACAAAUUUUUGAAAUAUAAAAAUAUCCAAAUAAACAUCGCGUGUUAGACAUUUUUCCGUCUAGAGAAUUAAGCUUUGACUUUGUGGUCGCACAGAGAUAUAAUAUAGAAUUAAAUUUUGAUUGUUGAAAGGCUACGACAAGUUUUACCAAACAGAAUUGCUAAAUAGCAUAAUUGUGUUAUCAAAAUGAAUCUAAAGUGCUAGUUAAACACGUAGAAUUUUAUCUUCCUAAAUCGUAACUUUCCAUUCAAAAAAGAAGUCUCUUUUUAAAUAUAUUUUAUACCAACAAUUUGAUACUUUUUUUAAAAAAAAAGUAUUAUUAAAAUAAUUGUGAAAUUGAAAAUAUAAAUCAAAUAUAAAAAUAAAAAAAAAAAAUGUUUUAAAACAAUAGAAAAAGCAAUUUAUGAGAGACGGAAAAAAAUCAUUGAAAUUAUUUUUUAAUGUUGAAACUAAUUUUUUAAAGGAUUGUUGAAAUUUAUUUUAAUGAUAUUUUUCCUGCUUUUAUAAACUUUUUCUCUUGUUAAGAAACUGUUUUUUAAUAUAAAAGAAUUAAAAAAAAAAAGAUUAAAGAGGAAAAUUUUUACAAAAAAAAAAACAAAAUUGUUUUAUAUAAUUUGUUACGAAUUCGGGAAGAUGAAAUAUAAAAAUUACGUUAAAACAUUAUGUAACAGAUGUUAUAAAAGAAUUAGAAAUACAUUUAGAUGACGAUGCAUGAUUGAUAAUGGGCUCCCAAAUAAAUAUCAAAGUUGAAUUAGAGAAAUAAUAACAAACUUAUAGUUGGCCGAGAAAAAAAAAAUUGAAAAAGUAAAAUAAAAAAAAAAAAGACGCAAACUAAAUAGAUUGUACGGUAGGUUAUAAUUGAGAUAACAUUGUAAAUAGGGUAAAAGCUUGUUAAAGGUUCAAUAUUGAAGCCUGUGAAGUGAUUAGAAAAAAAGGAGAGAGCGAAUUUUGUUGCAAUAGAGACGAGGAUAAUCGCGUCAUAUAAAUAUAUAUAUUUAAUAGGCAAAGGACACACUCACGUAUAUAUAUAUAUAUGUACUAUAUAAACAUGAGUUUGAUAACAAGGUCUAUUUAUCGCUAAACUAAAGUGCGCGUUGCAUCAAUUGUGUGCCUUAUUCUGUGGCGGCCAUUUUUGUAACAAUUUCAAAAAUCAGAGCUAAUUGAUCCUUACCGAGGUGCGAACCAAUUAUUAAAAAAAAAAAGAAAGAAAAUUGAUUAAAACGGGGGAUAAAAAGAAAAAAAAAAACGAAAAGUGAGUGGUCUUAUAAUUGGACCAGCUAAAUGAAAUAAUUGUUAAUGAUAAAAAGACAGAAUUAAUUACACGAGAAAUGGUAAUUAUAUAUUGAUUGGGCGUGCAUAAAAAAAAAAUGUGAAAAGUCACCGAUUCCUUUUCAUGUAACUAACAGAUUCAUUGCGUACGUAUGUACAUAAUACAUACCCUAAUUAAAAAAAAACUCACACAUGGCUACAUCAGUACGUAUGCAUUAAAUAAAACAUAUGAUACAUUUGUCACAUACAUAUAUAAUUGCGACGAACACAAAAGUCAUGUUACUGUACACUUAAAAAUUUUAGUUGUAUCGAAAUAAAGUGUAAGAUUUAACUUA